AUGAAGGGCACCCCGGAAGUUACGGAAGUCGCCUUCCUUCAGCUUUCAGUCGACCACAAUCCAGAGGAGUUACGAGAUAUCCUCCUGAGAACGCAGCAUAUCCAGGCUCAAUGGAUCAGUCAACACCAGCCAAAGCUUCUUGAAGGAAAACCAUACGGCCAUACAACCGAAGUGUGGAUUGGCGAACACGAGAGGCCUUACUUGUUGCUCACUGCUCCUUGGGAGUCCGUUGAUGCACAUAAUCAAUGGAUCCAAAGCCAAGAAAACAUGUCUCUGAUGCAAGAACUCAAAGGAUUCAUCAGCCAAAACAGGGAUUCUGUAGUUUUGUACCACUUGACACCUGCAGGCGGGAACAAUGACUUCCGUGGUGAUAUCCUUGCUCGAGGGCCAGUCAAGCUCUGGAAGAUAUCAGUGAAGCCCGAAUUCAAGGCGAAGCUCGAGGAGGAGUACCGCAUCAUUGAGACCCAGUCCUCGACAGAACCAAACCAAAGGAUGUGGGCAGGAUGGAGGGUAGAAAAAGAGGGCCCAGAAGAUAUGGUCAUCCUUGCGUCCCCGGGGUUCGAAGAGGUGAUUGAGUCCGGUAUUGCUGUAAAGUUUGAAGAUGCCCAAGUGUCCCGGUUCGGAUACAGGCCCUUUAUGCAUUAG